GACGAAGACCCGGAAGAGCAUGCGAAGCGUUUGAACAAACUCAAAUUUUUGCUGCAGCGGUCCAGCAUCUACAGCCGUAUCAUGGGCGAAAAGAUGGCCAAGGAGCGAGCAGCACGAGCGGCAGCUGCCGAGCGGGAGCACCAGUCUGGUGAGACGCAAGGCAAGGAGCGAGCGGCUGCCGAUGUGCCAGUCCGAACGAGCACACGCACAGCCGGGGCGGUUGCGAGGCGCGAGACGACAGAGGCGGACAGGGAGAAAAGAGAAAAAAAUCGUCAACACGCUACUGAGUCGAGGCGCAAGCGCCAAGGUGUAAGCUCUAAAUUGCGUGUUAGCGAAUACCUUGACGAAGAAGACCUGGCGGCUGCAGCCGCGGCUGCUGAGGCGCAAGAUGAACACAAGAAGUCAAAACCUCAAUGCCAGGGCAGUAACAAAAGAAACACGAAAAACACCGCAGCAAUGACUGAGAAUAUGAAUGAUCGAUCCCGCUUGCAGCCAGCUCUCAUCACCGGUGCACGCAUGCGCGACUACCAAAUCGACGGCCUGCAGUGGCUCAUAUCUCUGUACGAAAACGGGCUCAAUGGGAUUUUGGCAGAUGAAAUGGGCCUGGGCAAGACGCUGCAGACGAUCUCGUUCCUGGCACAUCUGCGUUCCAAACGCGUCUGGGGGCCUUUCCUCAUCGUAGCACCGCUCAGCACGAUCGACAACUGGGUCCUCGAAUUCGAACGUUUUGCACCGGACAUUCCCGUCGGCUUGUACUACGGCACCACAGAUGAGCGAAAGGAUAUUCGUCAGUCGCGGCUUAGGAUGCCUACAAGCUCCAGCGCUAUCCAUGACCAAAAGCGUCAGGAGGAGGAAGACGCGUUCCCUGUCGUCGUCACGACGUACGAGAUUGUCAUUCGUGACCGCUCACUCUUGGCUAACAUCCCUUGGAAGUACAUUGUCGUCGACGAGGGCCAUCGGUUGAAGAACAUGAACUGCAGGCUCAUCCGGGAGCUCAAGCAAUAUAGGAGCGCCAACAGGCUGAUCCUAACUGGCACCCCGUUGCAUAACAACCUUGCAGAGCUUUGGUCUUUGUUGAACUUCAUCUUACCCGACAUCUUUGACGAUCUUGAGACAUUUGAGAAAUGGUUCGAUUUCAGCGACAUGCACGACGAUCAAGGUUCGCAAAAGAUCUUCCGCAAGCGCACUGGCGUCUCGCAAUCUGCCGCUACGACCAUCAUAACGCAGCUGCACGAGAUUCUCAAGCCCUUCCUGCUGCGACGCCUCAAGUCUGACGUAGAGGGCAACCUGCCGCCGAAGAAGGAGUAUCUUCUCUACGCUCCGCUCACAGAGAUGCAGAAAGAGCUGUACGAUGCGGUCCUCAACAAAGAUAUCCGCAGAUGGCUGAUGGAAAGGAAGACCGGUCUCAGCAUGUACGAGAUUGAGAAGGUUCUCGAAGACGCAGCCCCGUUCGAAGGCGGCACAAGCGCUUUGAACACACCCUCCUUGGCCCGGACGCCAGCAGGGUCCACGCCAGCUGAAGGUACAACUCCGGCUACCGAGGUGAGCGCUUUUGACUUGUCGUCAUCCGCGCCGGCUUCGCGUGCGAUGACGCCUCGUAGCGGCACUGCUGGACGCCGAGCCAAGCAUAACAAGCAGUACACCGAUCCCAGCGAGGGUGAUGCGUACGCUCAAGCAGCGCGGAGCCCAUUGGCGUUAUCGCCGGCAGAGUGCUCGCAGCAGGGCAAGCUGUACACGAUCAAGCAGGCGCGCAAGGAGAUUAACAACAUGCAUCUGGAGAACAUGGUCAUGCAGCUGCGAAAAAUCUGCUGUCACCCGUAUCUCUUCGACUGGCCCCGCGAUCCUGACUCCGGCUUGCCCGUUACGGACGAGGACCUUAUUCAUGCGAGCGGCAAGAUGCUCUUGCUGAACCGCCUGCUCGACGCUCUCUUCGCCAAGGGCCACAAGGUGCUGGUGUUCUCGCAAUUCACAACGAUGCUGGACGUCAUAGAGGACUGGGCGGAUGUGUACAAAGGGCUGCGCACGUGCAGGAUUGACGGAAACACGCAUCGGGAAGAUAGACGGUCGCAGAUGAAGUCGUUCAAUACCGAGACAGGGCCGGACGCAUGCAACCUCUUCUUGCUGAGCACCCGUGCCGGUGGACUCGGCAUCAAUCUUGUCGCGGCAGAUACUGUCAUUUUUUAUGACAGUGACUGGAACCCACAAAUGGACUUGCAAGCGCAAGACCGCGUCCACCGCAUCGGCCAGACCAAGCCCGUCCUCAUAUUCCGCCUUGUCAGCGCGAAUACGGUCGAGCAGCGGGUCCUCAAGCGCGCCAGCAACAAACGCAAGCUCGAGGCGCUCGUCAUCCAGCAGGGCAAGUUCCGCCUGCCUGCCGGCUACGAGGCGGCUGCGCAGUCUCUCGUUGGCGGCAACGGUGGUGCGGGGGGUGGGAGGAGGCAGCGCAGCGAGGAGGAAGAGCUGGCUGCAGAUCUGCUGCGGCUCGAGGGCGAGAAGGUCGUCCUCGCAGGCAAGGACGACGAGAUCAUCAGCGAUCACGACCUAGAAGUGCUAUUGGACCGCAGCGAGAGUGCCUAUGCGCGGCAGCUCGGCUGGGACUCGCGCAUGGCCGGUGCCAAGGACAGUAGGGGUGCACGGACAAGCGAAAGCAGCAGCAGAAGCAGUAAGCAGGAGCGCAUCCCGGCGGCGGCCGCUGUGGACGCGGCGACGGUUACGCAGAGGGCGAUGUUCGAGGUCACCGAGACGCAAACGGACCAUGCGAACGAGGAUUUCGCGCGGAUGCUCGCU